CCCGACAAAACGGAGGGGGCAGGAAGCCGGAAACAAAGCGCGCCGCUCUGGGAAGGGUUUCUGAGCUUCUCCGGCGAUCGAGCGACAAAGGGCAAGACGUCGACGAGAUGAUCAAGGCCGGAUCCAUCGCUGCUUCGCUCGCGGCUUCCUUCUCUGCUACUCUCGCCGCCGCGGCCACUCCUUACGUCUUCGCGGUUAUUUCCCCAUCCGCCCCCACUAAAGAGGGAUCGGGAUCAAUGAAAAAUGCUUCGGGAUCUGAUUCGAAACGGAGAGCCGAGGACAAGUUCGCGCCGAGGUACGACGGCCUCAGAUUCAUUGAGACGCUUGUGACCGCGCACCGGUGAUUCGCUUUUUCCUUCUCGAUGCUUCAUUCCAUUCCUCGGCGCUUCCGGUAAAAUUGCCCUCUUUAUUCCCCAUGUUGAUUUGUGAUUGGUAGCGUGAGAUUUCAACAAGUAGUUCUUUGUUUUUAGGACAAAAUAGAUAGCUUUAAACGAGUUUUUGUUCUAAUAUUUAGGAAUAUUGUUCCUUAUCACCUGCAAGAAAUUUUUACCGUUGUUAAUUGGUUUUGUGGUAUUCUUUGAUCGUUUGUUUUAUCAUACGAUGAACAUAAGACAAAACAAGGGAACAAAGUAGAGAUUGAUUCUGCUUCCUUGUCUAUAUCAUUCAUUUUAUUAAUGUAUCAUUUUGUAUUUUCUUCAAUUGACAUAUUACUCUUGGGUACGACUA